CCUGCAGUGCAGACAUCCGGGCGGCAGGCGGCAGCAGAGGCGCUCACUCAACACGGAAGUGGCUCAUGUCGUGUCAGCGAAGUAGCACGUUAGCACGUUAGCAUCGGUGUCUCCUGCGCGUAGUUCAUCAUGAAUCCGCUGACGAAGGUGAAGCUGAUCAACGAGCUGAACGAGCGCGAGGCCGACCUCGGGGUGAAGGAGACGGUGUCCUGGCACUCGGAGUACAGAGACAGCGCCUGGAUCUUUGUCGGAGGAUUUCCGUACGAGCUGACCGAGGGCGACAUCAUCUGCGUCUUCUCUCAGUACGGGGAGGUGGUCAACAUCAACCUGGUGCGAGACAAGGCGACGGGCAAGUCCAAAGGUUUCUGCUUCAUCUGCUACGAGGACCAGCGCAGCACCGUCCUGGCUGUGGACAACUUCAACGGCAUCAAGAUUAAAGGUCGGACGAUUCGCGUGGAUCACGUGAAAGACUACCGUCCUCCCAAAGACCACGAGGACAUUGACGACGUGACCAAGAGCCUGAGGGAGCAGGGCUGCGCUCCCAAAGUCACCGCCACCGCCAAGUCGUCCUCGUCCGCCUCCUCCUCCGAGGAAGAGGAGCAGUACAGCGUCCCGGUGAAGAAGCCCAAGAAAGACAAGAAAGAGAAGAAGAAGAAGAAGAAAGAGAAGAAGGAGAAGAAGAAGAAGAAGGCGGAGAAGGAGAGGGAGGUGGGGGGGCGCGUGUCCUCCUCCUCCGCCUCGCCUCCCCCUCCUCUUCGUCCUCCUCCUCCUCCCUCCGCCAUCAGAGUCAAAGAGGAGAAGGAGGACGCAGACUACGACAAGUACAACCAGAGGGGGGCGCCGCCAGCGGGAGGACGACAGAACGGACAGAGGGCGGGGGAGGAGGGGGAGGGGAGGAGAGAGGAAGAGAGGAGGAGGAACGAUGAGAGGGAGAGCAAGGGAGACUGGAGGAGAGAGACAGAUCGAGACAGACGAAGAGAGACAGACGACAGGCAGAGAGAGACAGAUGAUAGAAGAAGAGAGACAAACAGAGAUGAGAGAAGGAGAGAGACAGACAGAGACGGCGAUAGACGAAGAGAGACAGAUGAUAGACGAAGAGAAACGUACAGAGACGACGAAAGAAGAAGAGAGACAGACAGAGACAGAGAUGGUGAGAGAAGGAGAGAGAUGGACAGGGACAGAGACGAGAGAAGAAGAAGAGACAGAUGAUUGAAGAAGAGACAGGAGAAGAAG